CUUGGUAGUCGACGAAUUCCAUGAUUCUUUCCACCCACAGCUUCGUAGUUACCAAAGUUUUCCCCCAAUUUAUUUUCUCUCUCAUAUAAAUCCUCUCUCUGAUCUCUCAUAAACGCCCAACUCCAACGAAUUCUCGCCAAAGUCGCCCUUAGGUCGAAACCCCAGAGUAACUCAAUUUCAAUCAGUUGAAAAUGGCUGACAAGAAUUCCAGUUCUAAUUCGAUGGGUGAAAAUGAAAACCCUAGCCCUGAUGGAAAUUCACCUUCUGAGAAUGAGAGUGAAAUUUCAAUUGAUGCACUAGCACGAAAGGUUCAAGAAUCACUCUCUAUGUCAAAGAGACACAAGUUUUGGGAAACCCAACCUGUUGGGCAGUUCAAGGACCUUGGGGACACGAGCUUGCCUGAAGGCCCGAUUGAACCCCCGACACCCCUGUCAGAAGUCAAACAAGAACCGUAUAAUCUCCCCAAUCUGUAUGAGUGGAUUACCUGUGAUAUGGACUCAGAAGAUAUGUGCAUUGAGGUUUAUAACCUCCUCUCCAAUAAUUAUGUUGAGGAUGAUGAGAACAUGUUUAGAUUUAACUAUUCCAGGGAGUUCCUCCAAUGGGCGCUUCGACCUCCAGGUUAUUACAGGAGCUGGCAUAUUGGAGUACGAGUAAAGAGUUCAAAAAAGUUAGUUGCUUUUAUUACUGGAGUUCCCGCAAGAAUCCGGGCUCGGGAUACUGUUGUCAACAUGGCAGAGAUUAAUUUUCUUUGUGUUCAUAAGAAGCUUAGAUCGAAAAGACUUGCUCCUGUCAUGAUUAAGGAGGUGACUAGGAGGGUCCACUUAGAGAAUAUCUGGCAAGCAGCUUAUACUGCCGGGGUGGUUCUUCCCACACCCAUAGCAACUUGUCAAUAUUGGCAUAGAUCUUUGAAUCCAAAGAAGCUUAUUGAUGUCGGCUUUUCUAGGCUUGGUGCAAGGAUGACAAUGAGCCGGACAAUAAAGCUGUACAAGUUACCAGAUCAAACAGCCACACCUGGGUUUAGAAAGAUGGAACCCCAUGAUGUUCCAGCAGUUACCCGUCUACUUAGGAAUUACUUGAAGCAGUUUGAUGUUGCACCUGACUUUGAUGAAAAUGAUGUAGAGCACUGGCUUCUUCCAAGGGAGAAUGUGGUGGACAGCUUCCUGGUUGAAAGCCCCGAGACUCAUGAGAUAACAGAUUUUUGCAGUUUUUACACAUUGCCCUCGACUAUCCUUGGCAACCAGAAUUACUCGACUUUGAAGGCUGCUUAUUCUUACUACAACGUGUCCACAAAAACUCCAUUGCUUCAGUUGAUGAAUGAUGCUCUCAUUGUUGCAAAACGGAAGGAUUAUGAUGUUUUCAAUGCGUUGGAUGUAAUGCAAAAUGAAUGUUUCUUGAAGGAACUGAAAUUUGGGCCUGGCGAUGGGAAACUCCACUACUACCUCUACAACUUCCGAAUAAAACAUGUCUUAAGAUCAUCAGAACUUGGGCUUGUGCUCUUGUAGUUUGAGCUCUGAAAUUUGUUUGUCGCUCACCUGGAAAAGCAUUUUUGGUGAUGUGUGCUGAAUUUUCCGCUUCCAAGGUUCAUCAAUUGCUCUGUUUUGUUUUGUUAGCUUCCCUGAUUAGAACUUUUACUUUAAUUUGUAUUUAAGUAAUGAAAGACAAAUUCCAUGAUUGCAAACUUCCCAAUGCCUGAGUUUCAUGGCCAAUGUUGGGCUUCUCAUGUUUUGUUAAGACUGGAAGAAGGUUGUUAUCUCAUACAGUUUGCUCAUUUUCAAUUCUCAUCUGCUUUAACAUCAUACUUACCCCUUAUUGAUCUUGUUUUGGCAAUUGUUGGUUGUCCCAAGCGGGCAGUUAUUGUUUUGUUCUUACGCAUUAAUGGUCCGUCGUCUG